UCCUGGAUACAAUCACACACACACAAGUACCAGGCACUGCUGCUCAGCUGAGCAAAAUGUCUUUCUCUUAGAAGUGGUGCUCAUCACAGCUUUCAAAUCCUUGACGAUGUUGCCAUGCUUUUCUUUCUGCCUUCUGCCUUUUUCUGUCUUUGCCUGCCUGCUUUUCUUACCCGUGGGUCAUUUUUGCCCUGCUGUCUGUAGCUGUAUGGACUACCACACCAUAGAUUGCCGGGAUCAAGGACUCCCAAGUGUUCCUAAUCCAUUUCCACUGGAUGUACGGAAACUUCUUAUAGCUGAUAACAACAUCCAGGCGAUACCAGCUGAUUUCUUUAUAUUUUAUGGAGACCUAGUCUAUUUGGACUUCAGGAAUAACUCCCUCACCACUUUAGAAGAGGGCACUUUUAGCAGUUCUACCAAACUGGUGUAUUUAGACUUAAGCUACAAUAAUUUAACACAGCUUGAUGCUGGGACAUUCAAAUCAGCAGAAAAACUGAUCAAAUUGAGCCUUGGAAACAAUAACCUGGUGGAUGUGGAUGAGGCUGCUUUUGAGAACCUGGAACAGCUCCAAGUGUUAGAAUUGAAUGACAAUAACUUACAGAGCCUAAACGUGGCAGCCCUAGAAGCGCUUCCCUCCCUGCGGACUAUACGCUUAGAGGGCAACCCUUGGGUCUGUGACUGUGACUUUGCCAAUCUGUUCAGCUGGAUACAGGACAAUGCAUCUAAGCUCCAGAAAGGUCUCCAUGAAAUCCAGUGUUCCCUGCCUGUAGAAAACAGAAGAAUCUUUCUGAAUGAAUUAUCUGAGGUCAGCUUUAGUGAAUGCAAAUUUAGUUUGUCAUUGACGGACCUUUUUAUCAUCAUCUUCUCUGGAGUCGCUGUCUCCAUUGCUGCUAUUCUAUCAAGCUUCUUCUUAGCAACUCUGGUACACUGCUUCCAAAGAUGUGCUCCCAGUAAAGAUGACGAUGAUGAUGAAGACGACAGUGAGGACUGA